UUACUCCGUAUCGCCUUAGUUAGUUUGUAAGCUCUUGUUCUUCAAUUUCAGUUUUACACCAUUUCUAAAAUCGUUGCGUAACUACUAAUAACACUAUGUCUCAAGCCUCGGCGCGCAUCCUCAGCAGCGGCAUGCGGCUGCCGCCGCUGCCCAGCAUCCGGGAUCUGGUGAAGCUAUACAAGCUGCAGGCCAUGAAGCAGCUCAGCCAGAACUUCCUCAUGGACGAGCGACUAACGGACAAGAUAGUCAAGUCCGCCGGCCGCAUAGAUCACAAUGAUAUUGUCUUGGAGGUGGGCCCGGGACCCGGAGGCAUAACGCGUUCCAUUCUACGUCGCCAGCCACAGCGUCUGCUGCUAGUCGAAAAGGAUGCCCGGUUCACCGAGACACUGCAGCUGCUGCGCGAAUGCGCCCGCCCGCUGGACAUGGAAGUGGAGAUCUAUCACGAGGACAUUCUGCGCUUCAACAUCGAACAGCAUGUGCCCGACACCACGCAGCGCCUGCAUCUUAUAGGAAAUCUGCCAUUUGCCAUCUCGACACGGCUGCUCAUCAACUGGUUUGACGAUCUGUCCCGGAGACGCGGCGCAUUCAGAAGAAACGACACCUGCAUGACGCUCACCUUCCAGAAGGAGGUGGCCGAACGCAUCUGCGCUCAGGUGGGCAGCGAACAACGCUGUCGCCUCUCGGUAAUGUCGCAGAUAUGGACUGAGCCAGUGCUCAAGUUCAUCAUACCUGGCAAGGCGUUUGUGCCCAAGCCACAGGUGGACGUUGGAGUCGUCAAAGUGAUUCCUCUGAAACGACCAAAGACGGAACUACCCUUUCCACUCGUGGAGCGCGUCGUACGUCACAUCUUCAGCAUGCGUCAGAAAUAUUGUCGUCGUGGCUACAGCACGCUGCUGCCUCCAGAAGGCCGAGAGGAGACGACACAGGCGCUCUUCCAGCGCGCCGAUGUUAAGGAUACUAUGCGACCCUUCGAGUUGUCUGUGGCUGAGUGCCUCCGCCUGGCCGAUGCCUAUGCGGAUCAUCUGGUCGCACAUCCCGAGGUGGCUAACUACGAUUACCGGGCGCCCAAGCAGGCGCUGAAUUGAGACUCCACUUAUGUUAUAUAUAU